AUGAGAAGCGCCGAUAAAGGAACUGGAGACAAUUUACUUCUCGAGUGGGAAGUAGCACAAGAGCUAGUCAAGCUGGGAAAGACAGUGUUGCUACCACUGCUGGUCGGUCGAGCAGAUGAAUUGACUGGGGCUCUAUACCAAUUUCAAGAUUUCCCGGAUCCUGACUUUUCGCAAUUUCCUGACAAGAAGCAUCCACACCCCCUCUCCACCACCAACCGCACAAUUAGAGACACAAUCAAGGCUGUCUUUGCCCUACAAGGUACACAGGUUCUUCCUACCCAGCUAGGAAGUGUCAUUCCAACAGUCACUGCAUCACUUCAAAGACUAGAGGAGUCAUUUGCACCUUCCUGGAUGGAAAGAGGGGAAUCUUAUAAAGAUCCAGCGUCUUCUUCUGCGCCGCGACGCCCAGGUUACAGAUCAUCUCAAGUCCUUACUGGACAUACUGACGCUGUAUGGGGUGUGGUCUUCGCAGACACAGGGUCGAAACGAAUUAUCGCUUCAGAAACUAUGACGCUUCGCGCACACACGGGUGGAGUCUUGUGUGUGGCCAGCAGUCCGCGGCUACCACUGCUGGCUUCAGCAGCUGCGGACUGCACCGUUUGUCUCUGGAACACUGAUAAUGGGGCGCUGUUGAGUUCUAUUAAGGAACACAAGAGUUGGGUCAAUGCUGUUGCUUUUGCCCCGAACGGAACUAUUUUUGCCUCUGCUGGAGGAUUACCACUUACACCUUGCAAGAACUAUAAAACGUAUUUAAUCGUUGAGAUUUGGAUGCUCACAUUGUCUCUAGAUCCAAAUCGGUUCAAUUGGGAGCCAAAAACGGGGCAGGUUCUGGCCUCUCCCUCUCCUGACGACAUGGACUACAGUAUCAAGUUUUGGAACGGUAACACUGGUACAGCAUUGAGAGGUGCACUAAGAGGUCACGAGAAUGGAGUACUGAGCAUUGCCUUUUCACCCGAUUCAAACACCCUUGUGUCUGGUGGUUCUUGGGACAAACUCAUAAAGUUAUGGGAUUUGAGGCAAGCUGGAAGAGAGAUUGCAAAUCUCGCAGGACAUGCCAAUUGGGUCAAUGGAGUGGCUUUUGGUCCAGCAGGAUCCAGUUGCAUAGCAAGUGGGUCAGGCGACAGCACUGUUCGCAUUUGGGAUCUUCGGACAUGUAGUGAAACGAAACGACUUGUUGGCCAUACCUCAUUCAUAAGUUCAAUCGCAUUUCCUGAUAACGAUGCAGAGCUGCUGGUUAGCAGCUCUUACGAUGGGUCACUGAGGACAUGGAACUGGAAGACAGGCGAACCAAUACAGAGUCUCUUUGAACAUCAAGGACCUGUUUUGACAGUUGCAACUCGCGCUGAUGGUGACGUCGUGGUGUCUGGGUCAGAGGAUCACUCGUUGCACGUUUGGAGACGCUAA